CAAUCGGGAGUACGUCGUUCCUCUUCCAUCAACGCUUUCUCUAGAGUGCUUUGACUAGUUCAAUCACUUUUCUAGUUUCAAGCUUAGUUGUUACAAUUAUAUAUUAAUUCAUUGCACAACUCCCAGUUAGUUAUCAGUCUCUUUUGCAUUGGUGUAACCUUUAUUAUUCAUGAAGCAUGACCGGUCAAAUUUUAAUGUGGUUCCUUUUUGGGCACAAGGAAUCUGAUCAGAUUUAAGUACCACCGAAACAUCAACCUCAAGCUCAACUGCUCAAGUAGUAAAAGUAGAAACAGGGAAAGAAAAAGAGUAGUAGUAUAGUACCUCUGCAACCAAAUGGAACUCUCUAACUCACUCAGCAGUGACAUGAAGAACACCUCAUCUUCUUCCUCUUCCCAUAACCAUGGCAGUUUCCCAAGCCCAGGUGCACCAUAUUACAGGGAAAGAACCAGAGAUCAUCAGAAUCAAAAGGGGUGGAGCUCAGAGAGAGUAUCAAAUUCAAAGCUUAACAACUUCAGCAGAAGACACACCAUGUCUGGGCUAACACCCUUCAAUUUCAUUGGUGGAGGAAGAACAAUGCCUUCUAAAUGGGAUGAAGCUGAGAGGUGGAUUUGUAGUCCAGUUUCAGCAGCUGAGAGCAGAAGAAGAAGCUCACGUUCUCAGCUUCAGCGGCGGCCAAAAUCUAUAAGCGGCCCAAUUGUGCCUCCUCCUCCUCCUGGAGUGGUGGCGGCUAACUUCUACUCACCUGGAAUCCAACAUCGCCAAGGCUUUGUUGUGAGGAACUUGAUGGUGGGGUCCCCUUUCUCCACUGGAGUGCUGGCACCGGUUGCUGUUUCUGUCCACCAUUAUUAUGACCCUCAUGGACAUGAUGUUGAUGAUGGUGUUUCUGUUUAUGGGUGUGACAUUGACAAUGUUGGAAUGCAAUAUGCUGGUCCUGUGCAUUCAUCAACCUCCACUGUACCCAUGUGUUCUCAACUGCCACCAUCUCCUCUCUCUACAGAUGAGAAGCAUGAUGUAUUGAAGAAUGAGGAAACCCUGAUGUCUCUUUCCGCAAGAUGCGAUAAAGGCACCCAAAUGAGCCCUGAAGAAAGUGAGAAUGACUCACAUUCAUCUCGAAAAUCUUCUACCAAUUCAGUCAUGGAUCAACAAGCUUGCCAUUCUCCCAAGUUAGAAGUCAGGGAUGUGCAGGUUGAUUGUCAAGCUACUGUUGUGAGGGGGUCCAAGAGGCAUUCAACCAAAUUGACCAAAAAAGACUCACUACACAGCACAGACUCAAGAGAGAAUAGUGCUGAAGCUCAAGUUACAUGUUGGGAUAUUGAAGAGUCAACCUUAGACAAUUCCAAGUUACAGAGAGAGGAGGCUAAAAUCAUUGCCUGGGAGAAUUUGCAGAAAGCAAAAGCCGAAGCUGCAAUACGGAAACUAGAGAUGAAACUGGAAAAGAAGAGAUCAUCAUCGAUGGAUAAGAUUCUAAACAAGCUGAGAAGGGCACAGUUGAAAGCUGAAAACAAAAGAAGCGUAAUGCCUGUACAACAGGUUUCCAAGCUUUGCAAAGUAUUUUCAUUCCCCAAAUAUGUCCAGAUAUGGUCUCCAGGAACCUGCUUCCGUAGCCAUGCAUCAUAGGUUAUAAAAUAAUGUUACAUUUUCUUAAUGUCACUUGAUGAAGUUGGAAUGUGUUUAUAAAUAAGCCAAAUAAUCUUCACUUGUACCUAGAUGUGUUACUUGUAUAUAAUAAAACACAACGGUUUAUGUGGUGGA